CUCAGAUAUAACAGUUAUACAUUCAAUGACUGAGAAGCUGUGUAGUCGCUGUGUCUAUCAGUCCAGAAAAACUCGUUGGGAUUUUCUAUAUUUUCUACCAAAGCUGCACAGAUAAUUGUUUGGAAUGAUAACUUCAGGCGGUUUGAUGUUUUUCCAACACAAUGUCCUUAACUCUCGUUGGCCAGUUUUAUUCCCACCACUACUAGCCAUGGUCUUGUCGUGCCUUUGUAUUACUGGUGCUUCAACUCAAGAUGGCAAGAUUACCUGCACCGCACCAUCGGUGAAACCUCUUCAAGAAGCAGUUCUUGUCUGUCACUUUCCCGAGGACCUCAGUGUGACAAAGAAAGACUUCACUGUCUACCACUAUGCCAACAAUGUCAGUCCAGAUGCCAUCAUAGACUGCUGGUGGUUAAACAAUAAACUGGACUGCUAUGCUCAGCCUGACUUCCAGUACAGCAAGACAGUGAGCACCAACCUGACAAUUACCAUUAGACAAGUAACAACAAAGCUCACCGGGACAUACGCGUGUCAGGUGGCCGGCUACGGAAGAAGCCUUUUGGAAACUUGCGAGAUCAAGUUUGAUAUUGGAAGCAGUGACACCUGCAGCAUCAUUCAGAGCCGAAAUGGUUCUGCAGCAAACGUGACCUGCUUCUUCAACGAGGACAUUGCAAAAACCAAAAAGCAAUUUGCGGUAUAUAAACACAGCGGACAAGACAAACAAAUUGUAGCGAAUUGCACAUGGGAAGAGGCAAGGCCGAGGUGUAAGAUGGAACACGGUUACCUGAACAGUGAUGAUGUAUCCUACUACACUACUCUCAGGAUACAAGAUGAAGCGCAGGAUAAAUGGGGCAAUUACUCCUGCUGGCAUGAAGGGUCUCUUUCUGGUUCACAGGAAACUUGUCAUCUUUAUGUCGACGAGAAUGAAAACCGUAUGACAAAGGUGGACAAAAUGGACAACACUUUGGCAAUCGUACUGGGGUCGCUGAUUUCGAGUUUAUUACUGGCGGCUGGGAUCAUCCUACUACUGAUCUUUAAAAAAAAGAUUCUGUUCUUUGGUCAUUGUAUCAUCCAGCCAAAUAAAAAAACAGAUGUUGAACAAAAUCUCCUGAAGAAAACUCCUGAUGAUGAAGACAUUAAGAGGAUGACCGAGGAGUUUAUGCAGUGUCUGAUUGAUAAUGUUAAAGAAACGUACCCAAACUUAAUGGAUUCUUGUCAUUUCGUACCACCUCUCUACUUUAACAAAACUCGAUACAAAACUCAUUCUAUGUUUGGGGAAGUUGUUUACAUCCCUGUAAUUCCUGACAUUAAAAAUGCACAGGAAAUGAGCGUUGUGAGACAUGACAUGGCCAUGCAACAUGUCCUGCGCUGUCUCCAUCUCAUGGCCGAUCAAGGACAAGAUAAGAUGUUUGUACUGACACAGUUCAACUACAGCGACUACCUGAACAACCCCGGUACUGACUAUCAACAACAUCGUCUACCUGUGCCGUCAGGUGUCAGACACAAGGAUGACGACGUGGCCUGUGUGGACUUUGUCAUCGUGCACAGAGAACACGGGGUGUUGGUGGGGGUGGUGAAGGCGGUCAGUGACAAGAUGGAGGACAGUGACGAUGGUCAGCAAGACGAGGGAGGAUGUAUUGUCACAGCAGUGACUGAGGCUGUACAGCAGCUACAGAAGGCAAAUCGUGUGAUAAGACAUGUCAUGUCAGACCAGCGACACUGUCCUACAGUUCGUCACACACUGAUACUACCCAACCUUUCCCGCGCCUCCCUGAGCCGUGCUGUCGAGAAACAUACUGACCUGCUUGAGACUUUACGCGGGUGUUUAGGUGUGACAGCCAUAGAAGACCCCACUACCCAGUGUCUGCGUCUUGAGGACUUGUCAGACCCGUCUACACCUUGGGUCGUUACAUCUGCUGUGGUCAACACGCUACGUGACCGCCUGAAGUGGACGUGUGCCAGGGUUGAUGAAAUUGUCAUGAACGAUGAUCUGUAUCUCACACUGAUAGCCAGGUUCUGUGGCCCGGCGACACAGUCUACUCUAGACAUACAAGACCAACCUUACCUGCUGCCCAAGACUCUGUCAGAAGCUGUUUCACUGACAGGAGACCUGUACGAGCGAUGUACACUGCAUCCAGACAUGGUAGACAUGCUCAACGAAAAACGAUUGUUUCUGGUCGGUCCACCUGGUCACGAAAAAACACGAAUGUUGACCCUUGCUGCCGAGAAGUGGCUGUCACGAGGUCACCAGGUGUAUAUUCUCUCAGAUUCUCCAGAACCCCGUGACUCUGGGAUGUCUUUGUUGUGGAACACGUUAAAAACAAGUGGCGACCCGGAUGAGGCUGGUGACCCUUCCCGAGGUCACCUUAAUGUGGUGCAGUGCGAUCUGAGCGACAAGAACGAAGUUGAAAAAACGCUGAAAACACUAAGCCUGAAGGAGAGCAGCAGUCCUUGUGUAAUAGUCCAAGACACUGUUGUCAACGGAAGCCAUUUCAUAUCGUUCUGUGAGACUGUGAUAGACCGAUAUCCUGAUGUUUAUUUCUGGGCCACAAUCAGCAAAAACAAGAAUGUACCAGAAGGAUGGAGAGUAGAGAACUUCCUUCAGGCCCUCACCUGUCCCCCUGCAGUGGUCAGAGAAGUCUCCAAUGUAGCAAACAGUCAAGUAACACCUGGUAGUGAAAGCAAACUUACCUGUUUACCUCCAACAGACGGACCGCCAGUGAAAUAUUUUAACCACGUUCAGACUGGGAAAUGGACAGUUCAUGAGUGUAAGAAUUGUUCAAAGGAAGUGGCUGACUUUCUGAGCAAACACCUUUUUACAAGAAAGAUUACCGUCUCACCUGCACAUGACGUCAGCGCUACAAACACACAGACAACACCUGGUCACAAGUCAACGACUUUGAAGACAGCGUCGAUCCUUCAGAAGAAAGAUGUUUUGGUUUUGUUUGAAAACGACAAAAUGAAACAGUUUUUGACAGGACUGAAUGAGUGUGGUAUUGCAGUGAGCACUUUACAGUAUGUGAACGGUAAGUAUGAGUUUACAGGAAAACCUGAUUCUGUCCGCGCCAUGUACGUGGACCAACUACGAUGGUACCCGGUGAGAAAGAAAGUCGUGGUGUACGUGGAACAUCACCGAAGUCCUGGAAAUGUUAGCAAAAAACAGCUGGUGAUCAGCACCUGUACAUCACAGUUGAUUGUCAUUGGAGGGAAUCCUUGACUUUCUUGUAGUAUAUAAGAGUUUGUGUUUGUGUGUGUGUGUGUGUGUUUCCUGUUUAUGUCGACAAGUGAGGAUCACUGUGCUUUGCUUGCUUACAAUAUAAAUAAACAUGUGAUUUUAUAUUGUAUACUCACGCCCGUAUGGAGCGGUGUUCUAAUCGCUUGGGUAAUAUUGGGUAUACUAUUGAUACUGAUAGUUCUGGGACACACUCUAGAAGAUCAAUUUUUGCAUGUACUUGUCUGUUUUAUCUGUAAAUAAAUCUUCACUACUUAAAGCGAGCGUCGAUAAGACCUUUCAUCAGUGUAGAACAGAGGUGGGGGCUCGUGAGCUGUGUAAUCAAAACUGAGAGCGACUGAUAUGUGAUUAAUGUAAUAUUAUUGCCUUCAAACUUUUCGUUACCGUAAGUAGCAGAUGUUACAUUCUCACCAUCGGGCCCGGUUUCUUAAGACCAAUGUUUGUCUUUGUCGUAAAACUGAGGAAAAUUCGAAAAGACCUAGAGGAUGAAAAUAUCAAUGAAAUUCCCUAAACCAAGAAAGAAGUAUAAAAGCACUAGAUAAGGAUUGUGUGAAAGAAGAACUAGUUAAAUAUUUUUAGGUGUCAGACAGAGAAGUGGUAAUCGGUAGAAAUAACAGAAAUUGAUUAACAUAACAAAAAAGUUUGUUGUAACUUGUCUGCUUGGUUAACUUUUAACUAAACAAUUAGUAUUAAGACCAUGUGAACAGCUAGUGACAGGGAGAGGAACGACAAGAUUGAGACAGGUUCUAACAAGUUCAGGUUUUGAACAGAUAUGUUAAAUAAUAAAUAUCCUUAAUCGUAGAUCUUUACAUGCAUCGCUAUGACAUUAUUAUCAACUCGGAAAGAUAUCACUAAGUAAUUAUAUCUUCUAUUGUGAACCUUAUCAACACAA